CAGAGGGAGGCUGCCAUCAGAUCACUCCUGCAAAGAGAGAACAUUUGCAAAAUAUCCAUUUUAUGGGUAACGGGAACAGGAACAUCAUUACUACCAUCCACUGUUAUCACAUUUGGCAGGUUGAGCAACAAUAAUGACAGCUGAGAAGACGAUUCCUAUUAUCAAUGGCAAACCUGAGGAUGCUCUGGAUGCUGAAGCUUCAAGUUCUGAACUGGUACACAGUAAUGAUAAGAAAGUCCAUGAAAGAGGACACUGGAACAAUAAGGUGGAAUUCGUGUUGUCCGUGGCUGGGGAAAUUAUUGGGCUUGGAAAUGUGUGGAGAUUUCCCUAUCUGUGCUACAAGAAUGGUGGAGGAGCCUUCCUCAUUCCCUAUGUGAUAUUCUUUAUAUUCUGUGGUAUACCGGUGUUCUUCUUGGAGACUGCGCUGGGGCAGUUCACCAGUGAAGGAGGGAUAACAUGCUGGAGGAAAGUGUGUCCAUUGUUUGAAGGCAUCGGUUAUGCUACCCAGGUGAUUGAAGCGCAUUUAAACGUCUAUUACAUCAUUAUAUUAGCUUGGGCAAUUUUCUAUUUAUUUAAUUGCUUUUCUGCUGAACUGCCCUGGGCCACAUGUGGACACAAAUGGAAUACAGAGAAAUGUGUGGAAUUCCAAAAACUUAAUAUGAGCAAUGGAAGUCUGUUAUCAUAUGCCAAUGCUACAUCUCCAGUCAUGGAAUUCUGGGAACGUCGGGUUUUAGGUAUAUCAGAUGGAAUUGAACACAUUGGAAACCUCCGCUGGGAAUUAGCACUUUGUCUUCUCGCUGCAUGGACUGUUUGCUAUUUUUGUAUUUGGAAAGGGACAAAAUCCACUGGGAAGGUGGUGUAUGUCACUGCUACCUUUCCCUAUGUUAUGCUGCUGAUUCUCCUGGUCCGUGGAGUUACGUUACCUGGGGCCUCUCAAGGGAUAAAAUUUUAUCUGUAUCCAGAUUUGUCAAGACUCUCUGAUCCACAGGUAUGGGUAGAUGCGGGUACCCAAAUCUUCUUCUCUUAUGCUAUCUGCUUGGGAUGUUUGACUGCUUUGGGAAGUUACAAUAACUAUAAUAAUAACUGUUACAGGGACUGUAUCUUACUUUGCUGUUUGAACAGUGGCACAAGUUUUGUGGCUGGUUUUGCUAUAUUUUCGGUCCUUGGGUUUAUGGCUUAUGAGCAGGGGGUUCCCAUUGCAGAAGUUGCAGAAUCUGGUCCGGGUCUGGCUUUUAUUGCAUACCCAAAAGCUGUCACCAUGAUGCCUUUGUCCCCGCUGUGGGCAGCCUUGUUUUUCAUGAUGCUUAUAUUCCUUGGACUUGAUAGUCAGUUUGUUUGUGUGGAAAGCUUGGUCACUGCAGUGGUGGACAUGUAUCCAAAGAUUUUCCGAAGAGGAUACCGCAGAGAAUUAUUAAUCUUAGCACUUUCCAUUGUGUCCUAUCUUCUUGGUCUCAUCAUGUUAACUGAGGGCGGAAUGUAUGUCUUUCAACUUUUUGACUCAUAUGCUGCUAGUGGUAUGUGUCUUCUGUUCGUUGCAGUGUUUGAAUGUGUCUGCAUAGGUUGGAUUUAUGGAAGCAAUCGGUUUUAUGACAAUAUUGAAGACAUGAUCGGGCAUCGUCCAUUUUUCCUAUUUAAAUGGUGUUGGAUGAUUUUCACCCCUGGAAUUUGUGCUAGCAUCUUUAUAUUUUUCUUGGUGAAGUACAAGCCUCUAAAGUACAAUAAUAUAUACACCUACCCACCAUGGGGUUACGGUAUAGGCUGGAUGAUGGCUCUGUCAUCUAUGGUUUGUAUUCCGUUGUGGAUAAUAAUAAAGGUGUGGAAGACUGAAGGAACCUUAUCUGAGAGAUUUAAAGCUUUGAUAUUGCCCAGCCCGGACUUAAAAAUGAGAGGAAAACUACUAGCUGCUGCCUGUACAAAUGCCGUUAACGACUGUGACACCAGGCUUCAAGGUGAUGGAACCAUAUCGGCCAUUACAGAAAAAGAAACACACUUUUAAAGGAUAUUUUAUUUGACACUUGUUGUUUUGUAAAAUAAGAAUAUGAAAAAAGAAUAUUAUUUCACUGAAUUAAUAGAUGCUCACCUGUUUCGCACAAAUUUUAACAUGUUUAAUUUCAAAGUGUACAUUGUAUAAUGUUUCAAGUGAUUUUUUUUUUUAUUAUUCUAUAUUGACUGAUUAUAAAACAGUAUUGUAUGGUUUUUUUUUAGUGCCAAGUUUAUGUAAUGUUGUGAUAAUGGUCCAGGUUUUAUAGAGCUAUAGACACAUGUAUAGCGUGUUGUAAAAUUUUUAUACUUGGAUUUUAUGAAGCAUGGUGUUUAUAUAAGAUAUUCUUCUAAUCUAAUAUCACAGUUAUGACUAUCCCAGCUGGUAAUGUAUGUCUAUGAACAGGCUUGUUAUCAUGUAUUACUGGUUAUGUGCUCUUCCUCCUUUUUUUGUGAUGUAUCCAUACACAGGCCUCAUAGUUUUACCCAUCUUUCUUUUUACUAAGGUAAAAAGACUAUUAAUUGCUAAUAUUUGGUGAGUUGUUGUACUGUAUGUUUCUAUAUGACUUGACAACUUAUGCCUUUUUUUGUGUAAUAUUACUUGUUUAAUACAAAAGAAAAUACUUGUAUUUAAUGAAAACAUUGAUCAAUUAUAUUUCCCGUCAAUGUUUCUUGUAAUUUUCCGUAUAACAUUGGCCUUAGAGUAUGUCAGGGAUUGGGAGGAUUUAGGGUUUCUCUGACACAACAAAAUCAUGAAUAACAUGCUGUCAUUUUCUAAUUCUAUAUUUUCCCAUCAUUUAAAGGGAUUAUCCAGGAGAAUAACCUAAUUUCUUCCAAAAACAGCACCACUUUUCAUUAAAUUGAAUUGAGUCAAGUUGUAAUACCACAUACAAUCUGAGGACAGGUGUGCUGCUGUUUUUUUUUUUUUUUUAAGAAAUUAGCUCUGUUUUUUUAUUUCUUGCAAAUCCCUUUAAUGUGUAUCAAUAAGAAAGUUUUGUUUAGGGUUGAAUGUUGGGCUCUCGCUAAACCGAGUGGUGAGAGAAGCGUGCAACCAAGACAGUCCCAUUGACCUAGAAUGCGGGGUCCAUCUCAGUCACAAAGAAAAGAGAGAAUGCACUUAGCUUGCACUUCUCACGACUCAUUUUAGCAAUUGGCUGGACCAGAGGCGUAGCUUGUAACUUCUGGGCCUGAUGUAAAAUCUGCAACAGGGCCCCAUAUGCCAAUUAUAUUACUGGUCUCUAAUGGGGCAGAAAUGCUUUGGGGCCCCCUUAGGCACCAGGCUACCGAUGUGACUGCUACCUCUGCUACCUCUAUAGCUACACCCCUGGGCUGUACCCCAGACCCAACCUAUCAAAAGUUUUUAGAGGUCGCUACAACAUGUCAAAAGUUUUUUUUUAAAGAGAACCUGUCAUAAAGUUUUUGCA